CAGAUAUUAUAAUACCUCUAUAUUUGGGCAUUCUUGAUGAAGAGUUAAACGAAGAUCGUAUUUCAUACAUACUAAUACAAGUUAAAAAUCACUCUACUAAUAAUAGAGGUUAUGAAUAUUUAAAAUCUGCAACUACUUGUCUGUCGCCAGCUUAUAUAGGCAUUGAGGAUCUACCGUAUAUGCCAUUUUUGUCGUUGUAUUUGCAAUUAGGUGCAAAAUCAGAGCUAGCUGACGUUCCGUCAAAGUCUACUACAACACGUAAUAUGGAUUCGUGCAAACGUAAAAUUGCAAAAGUACUAGAAGAUUAUGAAACGGAUGCUGAAAGAACAGGAAAGGAAUUUAUCAAGAAGAUUAGACAUGGAAAGAAGGAAGAUUCGGAUGCUUCAAGUGCUGAAAUCAAAGAGUUCCGAGAGUAUUUUCAGAUUUCGCUUGGAUUGUUUGGAUUAUCAUCGGACAUUUACAAUUGCUUAGGGCAGUCUACACCAGUUUCUAGAACCUCAUCAUCGACCAAGGUUAAUGAUCUCACAAAUAGCCUUAAACAUUUAUUGUCUGCUUGGGUUGAUCCCGUGAUGGGAGAAAGUCAAGAAACAAUGGAGAUAGUUAAAC